GCCCUGGUUGCCCUGGGCAAGCCCUGUGAGGCCCCUUCCCUGCAGGAACCUCUGCUUGCGCCCCAUGCCUUCCCCAAAGGCGGAGGGGCAGGCCCGGCCGGACACGGGUGCUACUCCUUGCCCUCUGCCCGCAGGGUCAGCGGCUCGGGCCCCGGGGAGGACCACCUCCUGGAGGACCUGGAGACCGAGGGAGAGCGGCAGCUCAAGACCCUCCUGCAGCACCAGCUGGACACCUCCGCCUCCCUGGAGCAGUGCCUGUCCAAACGCCGCCGCUUUGCCCCUGCGGCGCUUUACAAGCCCUUUGGGGAAGAGGCCGCCGGGACUCACAGCUUGCUUCAGUUCCAGGCUUUGCAGGAGAGCAGCCAGGAGACGGCCUCCUUGCGGGAGCUUGGCCUCUCGGAGGCCGAGAUCCACCUCUGGAAGAAUCGCGUGUCAGCGGGCAAGGGUUCCGGGCUCGGUGCAGCCCCUGAAGCUGCGCAGGCCAGGAUCCAGGCCAUCCAGGAGAAGAUUGCUGAGCGUCAGCGGAUCCUCUCCCUGCCCCAGCGCUUUGCAGGCAGCAAGCAGCUGAGCCGGCGCGAGAUGGAGAUUGAGAACUCCCUCUUCCAGGGCACAGAUCGCCACUCCUUUCUCAGGAUGCUCUACUACCAAGAUGAGACCGGACAGACUGCAACCUGUAAGGAAGGUCCCCUGGCUCAGCUGGAGACUGUCUAUCAAGAGCUGCUCGGACAGCCCUCGGCGGAGCCCCUCCAACCCCCCCAGGAUGAGCCCCCUGGCCCCACGGGCUCCGUGCCCCCCAGGGGCCCUCUAGCAGCUCAGGACUCCGUCCCACCCCAGGAGUCGGGGAUGAUCACCGUGAGGGAGGCAGUGGCGUUGGUGCCGGAGGAGGAGAUUGUCAGGAACCGCCUCUCAGUGGACGAAAUCCGCAGGAUGCCCCGGUUUUCCUCUUACGCCCCUGGGGAGCCGAGUGAGGUGCUUUACUUGAAGAACCUCAGCCGCCACGUGACCGUCAGGGACCUCCUGUCCUUGUUUGCCCGGUUCCAGGAGAGAGACGGUCCCCCGAUCCGCUUCCGCCUGCUCAGUGGGCGCAUGAGAGGCCAGGCCUUCGUGACCUUCCCCAGCACCUCCACGGCAGAGGCAGCCUUGCAGCUGGCCAACGGCUUCAGCCUCCUGGGGAGACCCCUUGUCAUUGAGUUUGGAAGAAAGAAGACCCAGGCGGCCGGCACCCCUUCAGAGACGGCCCCCGGUCCUCAGAAUCCCCCGGCGUCCUGAGGAGCGGGUGGCCUUCCACGCAUUUUACAGUGUUUUACUCUUCUCAGUCUGCUGUGAGGGGCCAAGAGGGACAUCAUCUCCCAGUUCUGCGAGAGGGGAAUAGAGAACGUGCGUGUGCGCGUACGCGUGAGAGAGAGAAUGGAUGGGGCUUGCAAUGGCCUGGCCGGAGCGUGGACGGAGAAGGCUGCUGGCUCCUGGCGGGGGCUUUGCUGGCCAUUGCCCCCAUGCCCUUUGCCCCUCACGACUGGAACCCCUUGGAAAGAAGGUUUCCAUCCUCGAGUUGCAGUUGCAGAUGAACUGAACCCAGGCUCUUGGAGGGGGCAUCCCUUAGUGUUUGGGGGGGGCACUGUUCUUGAAAGAGUGACCGACGUGGGCUUUCCCCCACCCCACCCCCAGCACAGGCCUGGGCCCCUGCCCUGAAGGGAGGCUGCCUGGGGCCCGGGGUGGGCCGGAGGGAUGGCGAGGCAGGCAGUGAGCAGCAGGGGGUGGGAGCAAAUCUGAUUAAAGCGGGAGCCUGCCAGCACUGCCUCCACUUUCCUUUUUUAACUUCAGCCAUUAAACUUCCCUCUUGGUCCGGGAG